UUCCUCCUUCUCUCUUUUCUUUCUUCAUCAUCCACAUCUCUUACAUCGAUCCACUCGUUCACACCCUCACUAUCUAGCACACUCCUUUCCAUCACGAUGCUUUCCUUCAAAUUUAUUCUGAUAUUGGUCUUUGGUCUGUUUAUACAGACAGCCCUGACCGACCCCCGUGCUUCCACCGUUACCACUUAUGACAACAAGGACGAGCUCAGGGUCCGCGAGGAUGGCUUCACCACUGCGGUGUCUGACAACUUUGUUGGAUCUGAUACUGGCUCUGAAAUUGUCUCUGAUACUGGCUAUGAUACUGGCUCUUAUGAUCUGACUUUGGAUAUCUCUUCUGCUGACACUCACGCGGCUCCGAAGCCUACUAAAUGUUACGGCACGUGUUCUGCAAGCAGGAUGUGCCGUUGUCGACGUGGCAAGACCCGGAUCUACUGUGGCUGUGACAAUCCUGGAGGAAGGUGCAGCUGCGGGUCUGUGGGCGUUAUUUCUCGGGAUAUUGAUGAGGGUGUUGGUGUUGAUAACUCGGAUGACAAUCCUGUGGUCGAUGAGGGUGUCACAACUCCUGAUGUCAAUGGUGUCGACAAUACCUCUGAUGAUGGCACCUCAUCUGACGAUGACGAUGACGAGCUAGACACUGACACUGACACUGACACCUCAUCUGAUGGUAGCCUCUCGAACAAGAGACCCGGGAAAUGCGUUGGAGUUUGCGGCCAAUUCGGUUGUCGUUGCAAGGGAAGGAAUGUGUUCGCUCGCUGCCAUUGUGACAAGGUUGGUGAGAAGUGCAGCUGCACGGGACCUUGGGUUCGAGCUGUCGAUGACGAGGAUGUCACCAAGGCGAACAAUACUGCGGUCUCUGAUGUCGAAGACACUACCAGCGUGCAAGACGACGACCUGGAUUUCACUCCAUCCUCUGUCGACAACCUCAUGAUUCCAAAACCAAAAUUGUGCCACGGUAUGAUGUGCUCCAAGGACAAGAAGUGUCACUGCAAAUACGCCGCCUACCACGUUAGCUGCCCCUGCAAGAACCCCGGCCGUCCGUGCUAUUGCAAGAGUGCCCGCAGGGAUCUUGGUGCUUCCGGCGAUAACGACACUAUCAAUGCUACUGCCAUCGAGGAAGGUGUCGCGGUGUCUGACGAUGAUGUCCCGGAGACUUCUGGCCUCGACUCUGCCGAUGAUACGAAUGGCGUCUCUCCCAGCAAUCGUUUCGUCCCGCCACCCCCUGCAAAGGUCUGCCGGAACAUCUGCGACUUGAACCACAAGUGCCACUGCCGAAGUCCCGGUUUCAGCGCUGUGUGUCCCUGCAGGAUCCCCGGCUUUCCGUGCACGUGCACAGGUCCUCAUCUGAAGACACGCGCCGACGACAAUGAUACUGAGACCGAGGCGGCCACAGUCGACGAGGACCCCACCCUUGCUGUCCAAGACAAUACUCCUGAGGACGCCGCCAAGGACAACGACCUCGAAGAAGACGACCAAAACGCCGAGGACUCGGAAACAGAUAUCACUCCGAUCCCUGAUCACUUCAACCCCGCUCCGGCCCAGCGAACCUGCUACAGCAUCUGCAACAAGAAGAAACAAUGCUCAUGCCGCGGCAAGAAAUGCGCCUGCAAGCACCCCGGCGAGCGCUGCAAAUGCUACUUCCCGUUCCUGCCCCCAAGGGACGUGGUCGACAACGCUGAAGCCGUGCACAUCAACGCCACUGCACCCAUCACGACCGUCGAUGAUGAGGAGGAGAAGGACGCAAACAUCCCCAUCGCCGAACCAGAUGAUGCCCCUCUCACCGAGGACGACAUCGCCAACACCACCUACGAAUUCGAUGAUGAUGACGAAGAUGAAAUCCCCACCGCCACCCUGGACGCUACAGUCGACGACAGCGUGGACCUUGGCACGACACCGAACGAGAAAUCCCCGCUGAUCGCUCGGAGCCAGCCAUGCUGGGGUGUCUGCGACAAGUACCGCCACUGCUACUGCGGCCACAUCCGCACCGCGUGCGACUGCUCCAAGCGCGGCCACCGGUGCUACUGCUCCUCGGGCAUUAUUGAGUUGCCGCCUGGGAUGACCUAUGGGCCUUAUGUUUAG